AUGGCCAACCUUCCUACCAGUGAUAACAAGGAGAGGAUGGAGGCACAAGUUAAGUCUGUUGACAUGACCGAGGAUAUGCAGCAAGAGGCGAUUUCUCUUGCCAUUGAGGCCAUGGACAAGUUCAACGUCGAAAAAGACAUCGCGCAGUACAUCAAGAAAGAGUUCGACUCUCGCAAGGGUGCUACCUGGCACUGCGUGGUUGGCCGCAACUUUGGAAGUUUUGUGACCCACGAGACCAAGCACUUCAUUUACUUCUAUCUCGGCCACUGCGCAAUCCUCCUCUUCAAGACGCAGUAA